GAUGAGUGAUGAGGAAGUGCACCAGAGUCAGUGUGUUUCUUCGUGACAGAGAUGGAACUAAAACUUGUGCUUAGCGUCUUUGUGCUGUACAUUGAGGUUUCACUUGCAGUAUUGCAGCAUGUGACGGUCAUGGAAGGUGAGAACCUCAGCUUAAGCUGUCCUGUUACCAAUGCUGACAAGACCAAUGUGGACUGGAAAAACCCUAAAGGAUUUGUUAUGUUCUUCAAUCACAAUCAAGCCUUAAAGGACAAACGCUACAGAAUCGACACACUGUCUGAGUCAAAAUUCUCCAUCAGUGUUUCCAGCGUCAAAUUUAACGAUGGAGGCAAUUACACAUGUUCUCAUUAUGGAGACCAAAUAACAGAGAAGAUAGUGGAGGUGACAGUGUUGGGUUAUCCCAAAAUGUCAAAAACAAAGCAUGAAGGAAAGACUGUCAUAAAAUGCACUGCUGUGGGGAACCACUUUGCUCCUCAGAUUUCUUGGAAAAUCGACGAUGGGUCAGAAUUUCUUGCUCGCAACCAAUUCCAACAGGAAGCUAAAAAAUACAUCUCCACUGGGAUGAUGGAAAUUCUCUCAGUAGAGAAAAGAGUUACUGUGAAGUGUCUUGUUCGUCACCCUGCAUUGAAAUCAAAACAUCUGAUGAACUUUGUAAUAAUUAGACGAGGCUCAAAAGGAUCCCACCACACAUCCACAGUCAGUCCACAUACUGUUAAAGGAUCAACACAAGUGCCAGGGACAACAACCAUGUGGAUCAGACAUAAUAGAACAGUAGUGUACUCCACCACAAGAAACGAGAACAAGCCCUUAUCAGAGAGCUCAACGGUUCCCUCCAGUCUGCAGGCUUCCACCAGUGACCCAGAGAUGUCUAGCACUAGAUCUCCUCAGAUCCCUGUUACAGGCCCUACAGACCCACAUCUCAGCACUAGUGGCUGGACAUAUUCCCCUGAAACCACAGAGAACAUCACCAUUGAUAACAUGGACAGUAACACAACAGGGAAUUUUGGCUUAAACAUGCAUAGAAAAGACCAAGAAAAUUCAUCAUUGCUGGUCUUGCUAGUGACAUGCCUGAUCUGUGGCCUUCUAGUGGUCGUCAUUUUUUUUGCUAUCAAGCUGAGGAGAGCACACAUUGCCUGGAAAAGAGAAAAUGAAGACUCUAAUCCAUCAGAGGAGAGCAGUAAAUCUAAAUCAAGCCAUGAAGAAAAGACCUCACAAGCACAACGGAGAAGAGGCCUCUUCAAUACAGCCUUCACACAGUAUGUUGUUGAAGAACCAGCAAAGACGAUGACUUCAGUGCAAAACACAGCUGUGAUCACAGCAACAACUUCUCAACAUCAAACUACAGCACAAACUUUAGCCAAAUGUGAUGCGAAGGAGACAUCGCUAUAACUGUCUUGAAAACACAGUUUUCAUGAUAUCAGCAAUUUUCCAUUUUUUUCUGCACUUGCAUGGCAGAAUACAGGGCAAUCAUUCACUUAUUAUUGUUAGGAAUAUGUGCUUACUUAUGGUAGGUAGAACCUACCUUUGAUCUUCAGCAGCAUCAGUUCUUGGUGCCAUGAAUGCCACAAGAUGUUGAAAAAAACGACUUAAAGUAUCUACAUUAUGUUGACAUUAUUCAUCACAUCAUUUGUCUACUGUACUUUUAUCCUUGUUUUCAUUCUGUUACAUUGCUACAGCUACCGAAGUCCACUGAACUCACUGUUAUGUUCAUGAGGGUUAGAUUUCCUGUGUGUAAUGGUCAGUAGAAGAUCUCAUAAACAUAUGCUCAUGGUCAGACAAAGGAAAACAUUUCCCCAUACCGAUACAUAACCUGGACUGUCGAGGUCCAUUCAGUCUAACAAUUGACGACAAGUUAAUCCCCCCCCCCCCCACGCCCCCCUCUUACAUCAUCAGUCAUGCCAUGUUUUUGUUUUAUAUGAACAUCCCACCUGACCUGAUAGCACUGCUGCUAUAUGACUGGCGGAUGACCAGCAACAGCAAGAAUAAGCAUGUCUGCAGGUGUUCCUAAUGAACUGUUUGAAUGUCUACACAGGAUCAAAUGUGGCAACAUAAUAUCUGUAAUAUAUACUGUGUGAAUAUAGCAUAUAUGUUGCCUUGUAUGUAUAUAUUUUGUAUGUUUGGGUUGAACAUGUAGCAAUAAAUUAUAUUUUGCUAUAAUAUAUUGUUUUUGAGCAUAGAUAACAGGCUAUGGGAAACAUUCAUAUCAUAUACAUAUUAUCAGCACUCUGUGGCUUUGUCUCUGAAAACGUGUCGAGCAUUAAUACGGUAAUAUAACACUAAGGUCUAUAUGCAUAUUUUUAAAAAUAGCUCCAUAAUAUAUCAAUUAUGUAUGAACUUAAAGAGCGUUAUGUAGCUUACAAAAAACAGAAGCCAAAUCAAGCACCGAACAUGACUGACAUACUUAACGGUAAAAUCUAAAAAAAAAGAAGAGAGAGAUGAUUUGCCUUCUACACUUCACACAAAGCUUCCAUCUUAUGGCAUGCGGGUAUUCACAACCAUUAUGAAGCAGUCACAAUAAAGCAGGAAGUGGGAUGGAUUGUGUCUCGCGUCAUCGGUUCACCAAAGCCUCAUUGGUGAACCGAUGAGGAAAGACUCAGUGACUGCGCCGAUUGGAUGCUGUGCCGGUCAUAUAAAGGGUUCGGCUAAAGGUUCAACCUCCUUUCGCUUCUCAUACCGGCAGGGUUGAGUCACCGUGGCGCUAGUCCAUUCCAGCCCAACAAUACCCACAGUCAACCUCAGUUCAGUAACUCG